AUGACCAUAGACGGGUUUUGGAAAGAAGUUAAUGAGAAGAUACCGCUAGAACAAUACCGGGUUUCGUUUCCGGAUUAUAUAUACAGUCACUACAGCCGAAGGAGGAAAUUCUUGACCGUUGGAAUAGAUAUAUUCCAGUGGAUCUUUGAACACGCUAGUUUUGCAGAAUCGCAAUCUUACAACGGAUUUCCGGAAUCAGAGAAAUCGGUAGCGGUGGUGAUUGCCGGAAUCGCAAGUAAAUUGAGAUAUCUUAUAUCUUUGCCCUUGAAUUUCGUGAUAGUUUUUGAUGGGAAAAUUAAGUUUGAUAAACAUAGAUGGGAUAUAGAAAACGAAUCAUCUAAUGAUAUAAUAUUUGAGGAGAGAUACAAGGAUGACUUGGAUAGAAUACGAAAGGAUGAACAUAUCAUGAACGGGAGGUGUAUAACAUCAUUACUGGAGCUAUUGGAUGCAUGGAACAUCAGUUAUGUACACGCUCCUGGUGACGCAGAAAUAGAGCUCGCUAGAUUGAACAAAGCUGGAAUCAUUGAUGCCAUUAUAUCGAAUGAUGCAGAUGGCUUUGCUUAUGGGGCAAGUGUGAUUCUCAGGAACUUCUCUAAAUUUUCAAACGACAAACCCAGUACAGCAACAAAGGGUGGAAUCAGAAAAGGCAAUGAUUACUUCGUUACACCUGUAGAUGCAGAGCUCAUGAAACAACUUAAUCUUGACACAGACAAAAUUAUAUUUAUAGCAUGUUGUCAAGGCGACGAUUAUUCAAAGGGUGUCAAAGGGUUGGGCAUAAAGAAAGCCUGGGCUUUAGCCACAAACAAAAAUGCAGAUUUUGAUGCCGUUCAAGGGUUGAAAGACAUCUAUGUCAGUAAGACUAAUGAUGAAUACAUAAAAGGAAAUAUGCCUUACCCUUACAGAAAGCGCUUGGUAUUAUUGAGUGAAUAUAAGACCAAGCUCAUGGAACACAUUGCCGAUAACGGGAAAGCCUAUUUUGGACGAGUCCAUAGUUCUGAUGUAGUACUUCCGGAUGACUAUGUUAUUUCCAGCCAUUUUUAUCCACAUUUUUCCAAAUAUUUAUUUGAAUUUGAGUCAUUCGAGACAAACUUCAGUGAAUAUUCUGGUCUUUUGAACAACAAAUGUUAUUUUCCUUCAUUACCUCAACCUCUCAGCAUUGCAAAAUCCAUUGGCAAUCGGUACGAGGUAUAUCGUGGAAAUAGUUUAAAAGGUUUCAUGUGCUUUACGGUGUUUAAAGAGCAAAUAGGCUUAACUUCAGAACGGGUCAAAUAUACUUCUUUCCAUUGGUUCCAAAGCCUCAAUUAUGGGAGCUUGUUGAAGUGGACCAAAACUGGAAGAUCUCAAAGGGAAGGAAUGGAAUUUUUGGCUGAAUCUUUAGGCAGGUGCUACUUAUGGCGUGCUAUUGUGAAUACCAAAGAGUUAAACCUCAAAGCAGGGGAUAUUUUUAUUAAGAACCAAAAAAGUGUGCAGAUCAACUGUGAAGGACGAGAGUUCGAACAGGCCUUUUAUCAAGUCAAGUUCAAGCCACGUGAGAUUUUCAAAUCAAUACUUGGUUUGGAAGAAAACAUGGUGGACGUAAAUUUGAAUGACAUUGAAGAAGAACAUAUCCAUGUGUGGCUUUCCAGUUAUCUCUUUUUUGUUGAUGACAAUGGGAGAAAGCUAGUGGAGAUCUACAAUGACGAAAAGACUAAUAAAGCAAAUACACCAAAGACUACACCAAAACGGACCCCGAGAAAGAACAGGACCCCUUUGCAAAAGACAACUUUAGAUCUGCUUUCUGGUUCCUCAAAGUCACCAAUAAAAAUUUUGACUCUGAAGCCUGGCUUGCUAGAGAUUUCGGAAGCCAGCAAAAGCGUUACCGUCAAAAGGAGUGUUCUAGAUGUGGAUACGUCCAAUAUUUUAUCUUCUCCCAAGAAAAAGAUCAAACACAUCAUUAUUGAUGAUGAUGAGCCUGCGCCUAACCCAAUUUUGCUGGAGCCUUUUGAGGAAGAUGCUGAAAUUUCUAGAGUUUUAGAAAAUUCAGACUAUGUUGGCGGGAACUCAUUUAUUGAUAACAAUAGCAACAUAAAUGACAACGAUAGCAACAAAGACAGUAAUAUGAACGAAGACAUAUUUUUUGAUUCUCAUGAGAACCUUAACUCAUUUAUGGUUGAAUCACAUCAACCAGGGGUCGAGCGCUCAGAACAAAAAGAUAACAUUAUUGAUUCUGGCGGGAAAGAUAUAUACACAAGCUCACCCGGCCCAUUCAAUAAGUCGACAGGGCUUAUCCCUGCUCGAAAAGAGCUGAAGAAGGACAAAUUGACGAUACAUAGAGGCGUCAGUAAUCUGGACGAGAUGACACGGCUUCCAGAACUUCCACUCGGUCCAGAAAAUCGGGGAAGUCAUGAAGAUGAAGGAGGAGACCCUUUGCUCGGUAUCCAUUGCGAGAUAUUAGACGAUACUUUUUCAUCAACUGACUCCAUCGAAAAGUUGUUUGCCAAAGAAAACAAGAAUGAUGGUGAUGUGUCAAAUAAGGUGACAGCGGUCUGUGGACAGGCUGAGAAAAUAACCUUAGAUGAUACGUCUUCUUUCACGGACACCAUCGGAGGGAUAUUCGGCCUACAGCACCAUGCUACACACGAAACCCAUGGAACCCCAGAAGAGAUGCCUGCUACCGUCAGCAUAGAUCUCACUCCCAACUAUAGAUCAGAAAACAACUCUGACGUGGAGACACUGGAAGAAGCCACAUCCACGCCGGUCAAGAAAUUGCAAGCUUCUGGACCAGUAAAAAGUGGCUCCCUUUUGCAAAAUGCUCUCCACCAGGAACAUCAGCAGGAAAACAGCUACAGUUUGCCCAUCGGCUUUGACGGUAAGGAGAUCCUUCUCGCCGAAAGCACAGAUGACGAAAGCAUGUGGGUGGUGCCCGAGAAGAACCAACCUUCCGUCUUUGACGAGGACAUCUUGGAACUGUAA